GCUUCUUGCACUGAGAUCAUUGUCAAACUUUAAAUAUGAUAAAUCAAAUUGAACAUCUGUGUGUCAAAUAUGUCACAUUGGGAACGAUCCGAAAAUUGUUUGUGUUUUUAGUAACGCUGAUAGUUUUCACAUAUUUUGCAUUUACUCCACGUGAUCACAAAAAGCAUUCCAAUUUUGAUUUCUGGGAGAUUUCUGAAGAUAUGCAGAUUAGGAUGAUGCAAAAUGGACAGCCGAAAUGGAAACCUGAGUUUCUGGGUCAAGUGAACAUGCACAUUUUUGAGGACUGGUGUGGAGGAUCUGUGGAUCAACUGAGGAAGAAUGAGAUGUUUCCUGAGUUCCCCCAUUCACGUACCACAAUCAGAAGGCUCGCUGUUCAUUCUGGAGGGGAAAGCUAUGGGCUGAGAAUCUUUGGCUACAUUAAUCCAAGAAAAAGUGGAGAAUACAUUUUUGCCAUUGCUUCUGAUGAUAACUCCGAAUUCUGGCUGAGUUCGGAUGAAAGCAUCAAAAACAUAAAACUAAUGGCUUUCCUUGGCAAAGCAGGAAAUGAAUGGGCUGUACCAGGGGAAUAUGAUAAAUUUGCAUCUCAGACAUCUGAGCCUGUAAAGCUCUCCAAAAAGCAACGCUAUUACUUUGAAAUCAUCUACAAGCAAAAUGAAGAAAUGGAUCAUUUGGAGCUUGCAUGGCGUCUCAACAAAGAAGACAGCGAUUUUGAAGUUAUUACUGCAGAGUAUCUGUCACUGUACAGUGAUGAGUCUUCUGCAAUGGCAGUGGAAAGUCACAUAAUCCCUCAUACAGCAGCUAGUCAAAGGUUACGCCCUGACCCCGACUCUAAACCUGACACCGACAUGGUCAAAGAAGACCCACGAGACAUCAGCUACAAGAUACCACAGCUACCGGAGUCCCAUCUGAAAAAUGUGUUUCCGAAAUGUUUUUCCUAUCCUAUUUACAUAUAUGAGAACUCUACAAUUAACAGAUACGAUGGUGUACGUCAUGUUCGCUACACCUCAGUGUACCCAAAUGACUACACAAGGCUUACAAAUGAAAACAAAAAAGCACAGAUUUGCUUUUAUCAAAAGGACAAAGCAUAUGAGCAGGGAGGUGGGUUUCAUCCAUACAUGAAAUUGGAAGAAAAUGGUGACGAAGAGCCUAAAAUAAACCAGCCAAACUGGCAGCAGGUCAUCAAUGUAAAGCCUGUAAAUUUCCAUUCAAUGCAGAGCAACAUUGCCGUCGACAACUGCAAAAGAGCUGGAAAUAUCAUAAUGUAUCAAAAAGAUGUCAUGCCUGUAAUUAAAGCCUUUAGGAAUCAACUGAAAUUAGACAUAAAAACACGUGAUCUGGUCUUGAAAAAAGUGAUGAAUGUGGAAAAGAAGACAAAGGCCGGUGUGGGCAGUCGUUACCUGCUGGAGAUGAAGAUGGAAGAUAAAGAGGGCAAGACUGUGCUUAUCUCUAAAUAUUUUUACACCACAUCUAGCCAGAUAAAUUCAGGACUGCCUGGCCUCUGCAUCCCAACAGACUUCACCUGGAACCCAAAGGCAAUGGUCAAUGUCAUCCUGACAGUAAAAAACCAAGGAAAAUGGGUCAUGUACUUUAUCCGAGAAAUGGAGAAAGUGUAUCAAGUCACAGGAGACAAAAACUUCAAUGUUAUCAUUACAGACUUCAAAAGCAGUGAUAUCGAUAUAGAAAAGGAACUGAAAAAUGCAAAAAUACCAAGCUACCAGUUUAAGAGCCUGGAUGGGAAUUUUGGCAAAUCAUAUGGAAUUCAAGCUGGAAUUGAUCUUGUAAAAGAUGACAACAGUAUUUUGCUCUUGUGUGACUUGCACAUCCACUUUCCUCCAUCAAUAUUAGAUCAAGUGCGCAAACACAGCAUACUGGGGAAGGCUGUAUAUGCUCCUAUCGUGAUGAGACUGGAAUGUGGAGCCACGGUAAAAGCUCCCACAGGUUUCUGGGAAACUGAAGGCUAUGGUCUUUUGGGGAUUUACAAAUCAGACAUGGUCCAGGUUGGAGGCAUGAACUUUAAUGAUUACAAGGAGGCGUGGGGAGGAGAAGACUGGGAGCUACUCGACAGAAUCGUAAUACACAAGUUGGAGGUGGAACGACUGCAUGUGAGGAAUUUUUUACACUUCUACCAUUCGAAACGAGGCAUGUGGAAUGCAGAAUAAAGCUUGGACACUUGUUUUGACCCAGGCUUGGAUUAAUAAGCAAUUGUGAAUAUUGUUUUUAAAGUCUGUACAGUUUUGUGUAUAUAAGGUUUGAGAAUAUUUAUUCUCUUUUACACAACAUUUUUACAUCCUUUAACCAUUUUUCAUAUUUUAAAACGCUAAUGAUUGCAUCAGAGCGAUGCAUCGCAGUUUGCAGUUAUACUGUGACCAAAAAUAUCUAUUUUAAAUAGGCAUCCGAUUGUAGUA